AUGGUUGAACAUAAAAGCUUACCUGGCCACUUUUUGGGUGGUAAUUCGCUUGAAUCUGCUCCUCAGGGUCCCGUCAAAGACUUUGUCCAAGCACAUGAGGGUCACACAGUUAUUUCCAAAGUUUUGAUUGCCAACAAUGGUAUGGCUGCAAUGAAGGAGAUCCGCUCCGUAAGAAAGUGGGCUUACGAAACAUUCGGUAAUGAGAGAGCUAUCGAAUUCACUGUCAUGGCAACACCCGAAGAUUUGAAGGCCAAUGCUGAAUACAUCCGUAUGGCCGAUAACUUUGUCGAGGUUCCCGGUGGAUCCAACAACAACAACUAUGCCAAUGUUGAGUUGAUUGUUGAUGUUGCUGAAAGAACUGCUGUACAUGCUGUUUGGGCUGGUUGGGGUCAUGCUUCUGAGAAUCCUCGUUUGCCUGAAAUGCUUGCCAAGUCCAAGCACAAAUGCUUGUUUAUUGGCCCUCCUGCUUCUGCUAUGAGAUCAUUAGGUGACAAAAUUUCAUCUACGAUCGUUGCACAGAGUGCUCAAGUCCCAACAAUGGGUUGGAGUGGUGAUGGCAUUACCGAGACAGAGUUUGACGCUGCAGGCCACGUUAUUGUCCCUGACAAUGCCUACAAUGAAGCUUGUGUCAAGACUGCCGAGCAAGGUCUUAAGGCUGCUGAGAAGAUUGGUUUUCCUGUCAUGAUCAAGGCUUCUGAAGGUGGUGGAGGUAAAGGUAUUCGUAUGGUCAAGGACGGAUCCAACUUUGCCCAAUUGUUUGCCCAAGUCCAAGGUGAAAUCCCUGGUUCUCCCAUCUUUAUCAUGAAGCUGGCUGGUAACGCUCGUCACUUGGAAGUUCAAUUAUUGGCUGAUCAGUAUGGUAAUGCUAUCAGUUUGUUUGGUCGUGAUUGUUCAGUUCAACGUCGUCAUCAAAAGAUCAUUGAAGAGGCUCCCGUCACCAUUGCUAAGCCUGAUGUCUUUGAACAAAUGGAGAAGGCUGCCGUCAGACUCGGUAAAUUGGUGGGUUACGUGUCUGCUGGUACCGUCGAAUACCUCUACAGUCAUCAUGAUGAUCAAUUCUACUUUUUGGAAUUGAAUCCUAGAUUGCAAGUCGAGCAUCCUACCACUGAAAUGGUUUCUGGUGUCAAUUUGCCCGCUGCUCAACUUCAAAUUGCUAUGGGUAUCCCUCUUCAUCGUAUUCGUGAUAUUCGUGUCCUUUAUGGUGUCCAACCUAACAGUGCAUCUGAAAUUGAUUUCGGUUUUGAACACCCCACCUCUCUUACCAGUCAUCGUCGCCCCACCCCCAAGGGCCACGUUAUUGCUUGUCGUAUCACUGCUGAGAAUCCUGACGCCGGUUUCAAGCCCUCCUCUGGUAUCAUGCAAGAACUCAACUUUAGAUCUAGCACGAAUGUUUGGGGUUAUUUCUCUGUUGUCUCUGCUGGUGGUUUGCACGAGUAUGCUGAUUCUCAAUUUGGUCACAUCUUUGCUUAUGGUGAGAACCGUCAACAAGCUCGCAAGAACAUGGUCAUUGCUCUCAAGGAGCUCUCUAUCCGUGCUGAUUUCCGUAGCACCGUUGAGUACAUUAUUCGUUUACUCGAAACGCCAGAUUUCGAAGAGAACACCAUCAACACUGGUUGGUUGGAUAUGUUGAUUUCCAAGAAGUUGACCGCUGAACGCCCUGAUACCAUGUUGGCUGUCUUCUGUGGUGCUGUCACCAAGGCUCAUAUGGCUUCUUUGGAUUGUUUCCAACAAUACAAACAAUCGCUUGAAAAGGGUCAAGUUCCUAGCAAGGGUUCUCUCAAGACUGUCUUCACUGUUGACUUUAUCUAUGAAGAAGUGCGUUACAACUUUACUGUCACUCAAUCUGCUCCUGGUAUCUACACCUUGUAUCUGAACGGUACCAAGACUCAAGUCGGUAUCCGUGAUUUGUCUGAUGGUGGUCUCUUGAUCUCUAUUGACGGUAAAUCCCAUACUACUUACUCUCGCGAUGAAGUUCAAGCUACUCGUAUGAUGGUAGAUGGUAAGACCUGCCUUUUGGAAAAGGAGAGUGAUCCCACCCAAUUGAGAAGUCCUUCUCCUGGUAAGCUUGUCAACUUGCUUGUCGAGAAUGGCGAUCAUUUGAAUGCUGGUGAUGCUUAUGCUGAAAUUGAGGUCAUGAAAAUGUACAUGCCCUUGAUCGCCACUGAAGAUGGUCAUGUUCAAUUCAUCAAGCAAGCUGGCGCUACUCUUGAAGCCGGUGAUAUCAUUGGUAUCUUGUCUCUUGAUGAUCCUAGCCGUGUUAAGCACGCUCUUCCUUUCAACGGCACUGUCCCAGCUUUUGGUGCUCCUCACAUCACUGGUGACAAGCCUGUGCAACGUUUUAACGCUACCAAGCUCACCUUGCAACACAUUCUCCAAGGUUACGAUAACCAAGCUCUUGUCCAAACUGUCGUCAAGGACUUUGCUGAUAUCUUGAACAACCCUGACUUGCCUUACUCUGAAUUGAACUCUGUUCUGUCUGCUUUGGCUGGUAGAAUUCCUCAACGCUUGGAAGCCUCUAUUCACAAGUUGGCUGACGAAUCCAAGGCUGCUAACCAAGAGUUCCCUGCUGCCCAGUUCGAAAAGCUGGUCGAAGACUUUGCUCGUGAACACAUUACCCUUCAAUCUGAAGCUACUGCUUACAAGAACUCUGUUGCUCCCUUGAGCAGUAUCUUUGCCCGCUACAGAAACGGUCUCACCGAACACGCCUACAGCAACUAUGUCGAAUUGAUGGAAGCCUACUACGAUGUCGAGAUUUUGUUCAACCAACAACGUGAAGAGGAAGUCAUCCUGUCACUCAGAGAUCAACACAAAGACGAUUUGGAUAAGGUGUUGGCUGUUACUUUGUCUCACGCCAAGGUUAACAUCAAGAACAAUGUGAUUCUCAUGUUGCUCGACCUCAUCAACCCUGUCUCGACUGGCAGUGCUCUUGACAAGUACUUCACUCCCAUCUUGAAGCGUUUGUCUGAAAUCGAAAGCCGUGCUACUCAAAAGGUCACUCUUAAGGCUCGUGAGCUUUUGAUUCUCUGUCAAUUACCUUCUUACGAAGAACGUCAAGCUCAAAUGUACCAAAUUCUCAAGAACUCUGUCACUGAGUCUGUUUAUGGUGGUGGCUCGGAAUACCGCACUCCCAGCUACGAUGCCUUCAAGGAUCUCAUUGACACCAAGUUCAACGUCUUUGAUGUUUUGCCCCACUUCUUUUACCACGCUGAUCCUUAUAUUGCUUUGGCUGCCAUUGAAGUCUACUGUCGUCGUUCAUACCAUGCUUACAAGAUCUUGGAUGUCGCCUACAACCUCGAGCACAAGCCUUAUGUUGUUGCCUGGAAGUUCUUGCUCCAGACUGCUGCUAAUGGUAUUGACUCCAACAAGCGUAUUGCCUCUUACUCUGAUCUCACCUUCUUGCUCAACAAGACUGAAGAAGAGCCUAUUCGUACUGGUGCCAUGACUGCAUGCAAUUCUUUGGCUGAUCUCCAAGCUGAACUUCCUCGCAUCUUGACUGCAUUCGAAGAAGAGCCUCUCCCUCCCAUGUUGCAACGCAACACUGCUCCCAAGGAAGAACGCAUGGAGAACAUUCUCAACAUUGCUGUUCGCGCUGAUGAGGAUAUGGACGAUACUGCUUUCAGAACCAAGAUCUGUGAGAUGAUCACUGCCAAUGCCGAUGCCUUCCGUCAAGCUCAUCUCCGUCGUCUUUCCGUUGUUGUCUGUCGUGAUAACCAAUGGCCCGAUUACUACACUUUCCGUGAGCGUGAAAACUACCAAGAAGACGAGACCAUCCGUCACAUUGAACCUGCUAUGGCUUAUCAACUUGAGUUGGCUCGUCUCUCCAACUUUGACAUCAAGCCCUGCUUCAUUGAGAACAGACAAAUGCACGUCUACUAUGCUGUUGCCAAGGAGAACCCCUCUGACUGCCGUUUCUUCAUUCGUGCCUUGGUUCGUCCUGGCCGUGUCAAGAGCUCUAUGCGCACUGCUGACUACUUGAUUUCUGAGAGUGAUCGUCUUUUGACUGAUAUUCUUGACACCCUCGAGAUUGUCAGCCACGAGUACAAGAACUCUGACUGUAACCACUUGUUCAUCAACUUCAUCCCCACCUUUGCUAUUGAGGCUGACGAUGUUGAACACGCCUUGAAGGACUUUGUUGAUCGUCAUGGUAAGCGUCUUUGGAAGCUCCGUGUCACUGGUGCCGAGAUCCGCUUUAACGUGCAAUCCAAGAAGCCUGAUGCCCCCAUCAUCCCCAUGCGUUUCACUGUUGACAACGUCUCUGGCUUCAUCCUGAAGGUCGAGGUCUACCAAGAAGUCAAGACUGAAAAGAGCGGAUGGAUUCUCAAGUCUGUCAACAAGAUUCCUGGUGCCAUGCACAUGCAACCCUUGUCUACUCCUUACCCUACCAAGGAAUGGCUCCAACCUCGUCGUUACAAGGCCCACUUGAUGGGUACUACUUAUGUCUAUGAUUUCCCUGAACUCUUCCGUCAAUCUGUCCAAAACCAAUGGACUCAAGCCAUCAAGCGUAACCCUCUCCUGAAGCAGCCUAGCCAUUUGGUGGAGGCCAAGGAGCUGGUCCUUGAUGAAGAUGAUGUCCUGCAAGAGAUUGACCGUGCUCCUGGCACCAACACUGUUGGUAUGGUUGCCUGGAUCAUGACAAUCCGCACACCCGAGUAUCCCAGUGGUCGUCGUAUCAUUGCUAUUGCCAACGACAUUACCUUCAAGAUUGGUUCUUUCGGUGUUGCUGAAGAUCAAGUCUUCUACAAGGCAUCUGAGCUUGCUCGUGCUCUCGGUAUCCCUCGUAUCUACUUGUCUGCCAACUCUGGUGCUCGUAUUGGUCUUGCUGAAGAGCUCAUCAGUCAAUUCAGAGCUGCCUGGAAGGACUCUUCCAACCCCACUGCUGGCUUCAACUAUCUCUACUUGACUCCUGCCGAGUAUGAUGCCCUCGUUCAACAAGGUGAUGCCAAGAGUGUCCUCGUCGAAGAGAUUCAAGAUGAAGGUGAAACUCGUCUCCGUAUCACCGAUGUGAUCGGCCACACUGAUGGUCUUGGUGUGGAGAACUUGAAGGGCUCUGGUCUCAUUGCUGGUGCCACUUCUCGUGCCUACGAUGAUAUCUUUACCAUCACUCUCGUCACCUGCCGUUCUGUUGGUAUUGGUGCUUACCUUGUUCGUCUCGGUCAAAGAACUGUCCAAAACGAAGGCCAACCCAUCAUCUUGACUGGUGCUCCUGCCUUGAACAAGGUCCUUGGUCGUGAAGUCUAUACCUCCAACUUGCAAUUGGGUGGUACUCAAAUCAUGUACAAGAAUGGUGUCUCUCACUUGACUGCCGAGAAUGAUUUGGAAGGUAUUGCCAAGAUUGUCCAAUGGCUCUCAUUCGUACCUGAUGUCCGCAAUGCUCCUGUCUCUAUGCGCUUGGGUGCUGAUCCCAUUGACCGUGAUAUUGAGUACACUCCUCCCAAGGGUCCCUCAGAUCCUCGCUUCUUCUUGGCUGGUAAGAGUGAAAACGGCAAGUGGUUGAGCGGUUUCUUUGAUCAAGACUCCUUCAUUGAGACUUUGAGUGGUUGGGCUCGUACUGUUGUUGUGGGUCGUGCUCGUUUAGGUGGUAUUCCUAUGGGUGUUGUCUCUGUUGAGACCCGUACUGUUGAGAACAUUGUCCCUGCUGAUCCUGCCAAUUCCGAUUCCACUGAGCAAGUCUUCAUGGAGGCUGGUGGUGUUUGGUUCCCCAACUCUGCUUACAAGACUGCCCAAGCUAUCAAUGACUUUAACAAGGGUGAGCAAUUGCCCUUGAUGAUCUUUGCCAACUGGCGUGGUUUCUCUGGUGGUCAACGUGACAUGUACAACGAAGUCCUCAAGUAUGGUGCUCAAAUCGUGGAUGCUCUCAGCAACUACAAACAACCUGUCUUUGUCUACAUUAUUCCCAAUGGUGAACUUCGUGGUGGUGCUUGGGUCGUUGUUGACCCUACCAUCAACAAGGAUAUGAUGGAAAUGUACGCUGAUAACAAUGCUCGUGGUGGCGUCCUUGAGCCUGAGGGUAUCGUCGAAAUCAAGUACCGUAAGCCUGCCUUGUUGGCUACUAUGGAACGUCUUGAUGCUACUUAUGCUUCCUUGAAGAAACAAUUGGCCGAAGAAGGUAAAUCUGAUGAAGAGAAGGCUGCCCUCAAGGUGCAAAUCGAAGCUCGCGAACAAGAACUGUUGCCUGUAUACCAACAAAUCUCUAUUCAAUUUGCUGAUCUCCAUGAUCGUGCCGGUCGUAUGAAGGCUAAGGGUGUCAUUCGCAAGGCUCUUGACUGGCGUCGUGCUCGCCACUACUUCUACUGGCGUGUUCGUCGUCGUCUCUGUGAAGAGUACACUUUCCGCAAGAUUGUUGCUGCCACUAGCUCUGCUCCCAUGUCUCGCGAACAAAUGCUUGAACUCGUUAAGCAAUGGUUUAAUAACGAUAACGAAACUGCCAACUUUGAAGAUGCUGAUGAGCUUGUCUCUGAAUGGUUUGAAAAGCGUGCUAGUGUCAUUGAUCAACGUAUCAGCAAGUUGAAGAGCAAUGCUACCAAGGAACAGAUCGUAUCUCUCGGUAAUGCCGAUCAAGAAGCUGUCGUUGAAGGUUUCAGUCAAUUGAUUGAAAACUUGAGCGAAGAGCAACGUGCUGAGAUCUUGCGCAAGCUCAACUCCCGUUUCUAA